GAUAUGGAGGUCCAAAGGUGAAGGCAGCACGGGAGAUUAUGAAGGAGGCUGCAGGUGUGUUCACCUGGCAGACUGGGAGAGUGUGGCAGAGUGGCAGCAGCCACACAAGAAGAAACAGAAGAAGAAGAAGAAAAAGAAGAAGAAGAAGAAGAAGAAGAUGAAAAUGUGGGCCAAGGUUUUGCUGAGCUUGUGGUCUGUGUUUAGUUGUGGGUGUGGUCAGUCUGCAGUGGAGAAGGAGGCUGAGGAGUUCCUGCAGGUCUUCAACUCUCAGGCCAGUUCUGAGAUGUACCAGUACUCUCUGGCCUCCUGGGUCUACAACACCAACAUCACCGAGCACAACUCACACAAACUGUUGGAGCAAGGCAGGAUUUGGGGCGAGUUCUACACCCGCAAGUCAGAGGAGGCUCGGAGGUUCCCCGUCCAGGACAUCAAGGACGCUCAGAUCAAGUUGCAACUACUGGCCCUGCAAGACAAAGGUGCAGGUGCUCUCUCGCCUGAGGAGGGACAACAUCUCAGCAGCAUCCUGAGUGAGAUGAGCACCAUCUACAGCACGGCCAGCGUGUGUCUGACGGAGCAACCUUCCAACUGUCAGACUUUGGAGCCAGGCCUGGAGGAGGUGAUGGCUAACAGUCGAGACUACGCUGAGCGUCUGCAUGUCUGGGAGGGCUGGAGGAGACAAGUGGGACAGAGGAUGAGACCUUUGUAUGAAGACUAUGUCCACCUCAAGAACCAGGCUGCCAAACUCAAUGGGUUUGAGGACUAUGGUGCAUACUGGAGGUACAACUAUGAGACUGUUGAGGAAGAAAGUCCAUACAACUACACACGCCAGCAGCUGAUGGAGGACGUACGCUCCAUCUACAAACAGAUCCUGCCUCUGUACAAGGAGCUGCAUGCGUAUGUGAGGGCCAAACUCAUGGAGGUGUAUGGUCAGCACGUCCAGGCUGGAGGUCCACUGCCUGCACAUCUCCUGGGAGACAUGUGGGGAAGGUUCUGGACCAACCUGUAUCCUCUGUCACUCCCGUAUCCCAACAAGCCUGAUAUCGAUGUUAGUAAAGCGAUGGUGGAGAAGGGCUGGACUGAGCGUGCUCUGUUUGAGGAGGCGGAGAAGUUCUUUGUGUCAGUGGGUCUGUAUCGCAUGUUGGACUCCUUCUGGAACACUUCCAUGCUGACCAAACCUGACGAUGGACGCCAGGUGGUGUGUCAUCCUACUGCCUGGGACAUGGGCAACAGCCAGGACUUCAGGAUCAAGAUGUGCACCCAGGUGAACAUGGACAACUUCCUGACGGUGCACCACGAGAUGGGCCACACCCAGUAUCAGAUGGCUUACAGACAUCUUCCCUACCUUCUGAGGGACGGAGCUAACGAAGGUUUCCAUGAAGCUGUUGGAGAGAUCAUGUCUUUGUCUGCUGCCACACCCAAACACCUCAAGAGCCUUGGCCUCCUGUCCCCCGACUUCAUCUAUGACAACGAGACGGAGAUGAACUUCCUGCUGAAACAAGCUCUGACGAUGGUGGCCACGCUGCCCUUCACCUACAUGCUGGAGGAGUGGAGGUGGCAAGUGUUUGCAGGGAAGAUCCCGCACCACCUCUGGAUGGAGCGCUGGUGGCAGAUGAAGAGGGAGCUGGUGGGUGUGGUAGAGCCGGUGCCCAGAGACGAGACCUACUGUGACCCCCCCGCUCUGUUCCACGUGUCUGGAGACUACUCCUUCAUCAGGUACUUCACAAGAACUAUCUACCAGUUCCAGUUCCACAAAGCACUCUGCCAGGCUGCCGGCCAAUCAGGGGACUUGUCUUCCUGUGACAUCACCGGGUCCACAGUGGCGGGAACUAAGCUCAAGAACAUGUUGAUGUUGGGCCGGGCUCAGUCCUGGACCAGAGCUCUGCAGAACAUCUCUGGGGACACCAGGAUGGACGCCCAGCCUCUGCUGGACUAUUUUCACAAGCUGCACCGAUGGCUGAAGGAGGACAACAUCAAACACAACCGCUCUGUGGGCUGGGACCCCGCCAUCGACCCCUAUUCUGACUUUGGCAUCAAAGUGAGGCUGAGUUUGAAGAUGGCCAUGGGUGCUGAUGCUUAUUCGUGGAACGACAACGAGUUGUUCCUGUUCAAGUCCAGCGUGGCGUACGCUCUGAGACAACACUUCAGCCAGCACAACCGCACGCUUCCCUUCACAGCCCAGAACAUUCUGACCUAUCGACACACCCCCAGGAUCUCCUUCUACAUGGUGGUCACCCAUCCUCAGAGGCCGGCGGAGUACGUCCCCAGAGAGGACGUGAAGGCGGCCAUACGAUCCUCCCGAGGGCGGAUCAACGAUGCGUUCCAGCUGGACGACAAGACUCUGGAGUUCGAGGGCAUCCCUGCCACCCUCUCCCCCCCCGUGGAGCAGCCGAUAGAGGUGUGGCUGGUGGUGUUCGGCGUGGUGAUGGGCGUCGCCAUGCUCAUGGGCCUCUUCCUCAUCGUGUCUGGCAUCAGAGACCGCAGGAAGAAGUCCACAAGAACGGGAUUGGAGAACCCUUACGAGCCUGAAGGACAGACCAACAGAGCCUACGAAGAUGGCGCUGACGAACAAACCGGACUGUGAGGAACCGGCACGUGAAGGAUUCCAGUCCAGCCGGAAAGUAUUCCUAUCUUUGUGGUGGGGCUAGUAGGAGCUGGCGGCUACGCAACAGUUCAGCCCACAAUAGCACACAAGCUAGACACAGCUAAUCAUCAUUGAAGAAUAAAAUGUGACAUUUGUAUCAAAUAAUCAGCGUUGUAUGUCACUUAUGCCUACUGAGUCUCCAAUGCAGAUACAACGUGUCCAGUAACAAACGUGUCCGCAUCAUUCCAUUUACUGCUUAACUUCAUUCAAUAUUUUUGCCACUGGAUGUUGCAAAAAAAACAACGACCACUCCACUUCAACUUAAAGACAGCAUCCAGAGGUGCAAUAAUACAUUCCACUUGAUGAAGCCUUUUAAAAACAGUCCACGCUACCAAAUAAUCCAAGUAGGAUUCCUGCUGAUAUCAAUGUUGGUACUGGCAAAUAUUCAUGGCUCCAAUAUCGCUGUUGUAUCGGAAAUUUUAUAAUAAAAAGGAUACCACUAAUUCAAAAAGCCACGCCCCCUUUUAAAAUAGUGUAAAUAAAUAUGUGAUACAGUAUUUAUGAAAUAUAUGUUCCAUUCCAAAUGUGUGCUGACAUCAUUGAUUACAACUCAAAGGCUCUUCUUCUACAGCCAGAAGGCCACAGCUGAGCCGUAGCAGCUUGACAAAAACAAAGCAAAGCACAUUGUUCAGACCGUAUAGUAUCAUAUCAUAUUUCUUCUUGACUGCAAGAAAGUUAGGAAUUAUUGUGCGUUAUGAAGGUGUCAAAUAUGUUUUUGCAAGAAUGUUAUGAAUUAUUGUGGGU